UCAUAUUUCCUAUCCUUUCCUCGUCCUCUUCCGUCGAGGCAUCGAGCUCUUGGUCCUCCGCCUACCUGACGCCCAGUCUAACCACCGCCGUGCCCUAGCUACCAGCCUGCCCGUACCUCGCGUCAACGCCUACGCCCCACCCCGCCUCCAUCGCCGUUCGCGCUCCACAUCAUCGCGUCCCUCUGGUCUCAACCCCGGUAGGACUGUGCAGGACAGAAAAUCAGGCUUGAUUUGAAUGGCUUCUUCAAAGCUUCAAGCCUUUUGGAACCAUCCUGCUGGCCCCAAAACAAUUCAUUUCUGGGCUCCAACAUUUAAAUGGGGGAUCAGCAUAGCGAACAUUGCCGACUUUGCUAAGCCCCCUGAAAAGAUAUCCUAUCCUCAGCAAGUUGCUGUUGCUUGCACUGGAAUUGUGUGGUCACGUUACAGCAUGGUUAUCACACCGAAAAACUGGAACCUUUUCAGUGUUAAUGUUGCAAUGGCCGGUACAGGCUUGUAUCAACUUUCCCGGAAAAUAAGGCAAGAUUACUUUUCAGAAGAGAAGGAGGCUGCUGCAUCACUGGAAGGAUAAUGAUUACUGGCUGGAAUAAUAGAUCGGAAACUCUAUGGGCUUGGAGUGAUCUCAGUUUCACUCCGGGCUGCGUUUUUUCUGCAAUGGUCCGCUAUAUGUUCCUCCAUAUUAAAAUCUGUUUGCUUCUCUCAGUUGCACUCAUGAGCAGAGCAAUUAGAAAAAAAUAACAAAGAAACAAAUAAUCUUUUAUGCUCUCUUUGCAAAAAGGCAUGCAGAUACAUCGAUCAAUAAUACCUUAUGUUUUGUGCUUCUGCUGUUCAGUCAGUUCCUAUUUGGUGGAUCUUGGCAAACUCUUGUAACCUACCGUGAAGUUACUCGAUGUUUACAGGCUCUCGGUGCA